AUUUCCAGAAACCGGAGCAUCCAUAUUCCUUGGGAGAGAGGAGAGAGGAGAGAGGAGAGAGCAAUGGCGUCGGUGGUGAGAGGCGCGAUGAAGUCCAUUAGAGAAAAAGGCAUCGGAGGUUUCUUCCGGGCGCUCCGGGAAGAAGGAUACCUGAGCGCGCUUCUGGAUGGAAAUCUUAUGCAAACAAAGAUUCACAACAUAGGUGCAACACUUGUAGGUGUUGACAAAUUUGGCAAUAAGUACUAUGAGAAACUUGGAGACACGCAAUAUGGGAGACAUAGGUGGGUGGAAUAUGCUUCCAAGGAUCGAUACAAUGCUUCUCAAGUCCCACCAGAAUGGCAUGGCUGGCUUCAUCAUGUAACUGAUCAUACAGGAGAUGAGUUGCUCUUGUUGAAGCCAAAGAGAUAUGGGGUUGAACACAAAGAGAACUUUUCUGGGGAGGGGGAUGAGUACAUCUAUCACUCGAAAGGACAUACCCUGAACCCUGGGCAACGAGACUGGACCAGAUACCAACCCUGGCAACCCAAGAAGGCCUAAGUUCUCUUAUGCAAAUAAGCUCCAAGUGGAGCUGGAAAUGCAUUGAUAUGCCAACCUUGUUUUCAUUAAUAAAAUGGCUACCUAUUCAGAAACUCAUUACUGUCUCAUCUUUAGAGUCAGCAAACCUGAUGUUUUAUGUUGAUUUAUUUACUCUUAUGACCUUCACAUUUAUCAUGGUUUUUUUCCCCAUCCGGAAUGUAAUGGUAAGUGUUGAGAUA